AGAGGAGAGAGAGAGGGAGUGAUGAAAGAAGAAGAGCCUCAUCCAUUGUUGAAAGGAGGAAUCAAGAAGAACUACAACCAUGGCUUCUCACCAUCUCAAAUCCAAUCAUUGGCAGCCAUUUGUCAGGCCCUCAUUCCUCCUCUCGCUGAUGAUGCUAAUAUUCACGACUUAACAAACCCUCUCUUCAUCUCUGAUCAGGUGGCUGAGCUAAUGGUGAAGAGGGGCCUGCCUAAGGGAUUGUUAAUAGUGAGUUUAGUGUUGAAGUGUUUAUCAAGCAGAGUGGGAACAUUCUUGCUGUGUGGGUGGGUUUGUUUGGAUUGGAAGUUUCCAUUUGUGCACAGUUUUUCCGAGUUGUCGUUGAAGAAGAGAGAAGCCAUCCUUCAAAGAUGGUCAGCUGAGACUCUUCUGCUGCCGCUCAGGAUAUCUUUCGUGUUGCUAAAGAUCAUCACACUCUUCGUCUUCUUCUCGUUGACUGAUGAAAAUUCAAACAACCCUGCUUGGAAAGCAAUUGGAUACGAGGUAGAGGCUGUUGAGAGACGGAUAAAACACGAAAAGGGAAGACCACUUGCUGAGGGGAUUGUCGACACCGUGAAUCUAGAUGAGGCGUCACUGAAGGAAUCCCUUAUCCGGAAAGGCAUAGGUGUCGUGGAGGACCUAGAAGAGAACUUGUUAAAGAUAAAAUGUGAUGUGGUGAUUGUUGGAUCGGGUAGUGGGGGCGGUGUUGCUGCAGCGGUCCUUGCCAAGUCGGGCCAGAAAGUCAUCGUCCUUGAGAAAGGUCACUACUUUGUGCCGGAGGAUUAUUCAGGCCUCGAAGGGCCUUCGUUGUCUGAGUUGUACGAAUCUGGUGGAAUGUUGACUACCGAAGAUGGGAAAAUACUGGUCAUGGCGGGAACAGCGGUUGGUGGUGGUUCGUCUAUAAAUUGGUCGGCUUGCAUCAGAACUCCUGAUGAUUUACUCAAAGAAUGGUCGAAUGAAAACCAGAUUCCUCUCUUUAACAGCCACGAAUAUCGAUCUGCCAUGGAUCGUGUGUGUGAGAGGAUCGGUGUGACAGAAUCUUGCACAGAAGAAGGGUUCCAAAAUCAAGUGCUGAGGACGGGUUGUGAGAAUCUCGGCCUAAAAGUCGAGCCCGUGCCAAGAAACUCUUCAGCAGAUCAUUACUGUGGUUCUUGCUGUUAUGGCUGCAGAAGAGGAGAUAAAAAGGGAACUGAAUCGACGUGGCUCGUUGAUGCUGUCAACAACGGGGCAGUAAUCCUAACCGGCUGCAAAGCAGACACGUUCGUGCUGGUGAGGGACAGUAGCGAAAAAUCUGGGAAGAGAUGCAUUGGAGUCAUAGCAACUGCUAAAAACAAGAACAUUGGGAGGAAGUUUCGUAUUGAGGCACGGGCUACAGUUUCUGCUUGCGGUUCUCUCCUCACACCGCCAUUGUUGGUAGCUAGCGGGUUGGAGAACAAGAACAUUGGUCGGAAUCUGCAUCUCCACCCCGUCUCCUUCGUGUGGGGAUACUUCCCCGAGUCUCAAGUGGAACUCAAGGGUAAGAGCUUCGAAGGCGGUAUCAUCACCUCCAUCCAUAAGGUACGAGACGAAGAAGAGUCAAGCUCCCGAGCCAUAGUGGAAGCUGCAUCAAUUGGACCUGCUUCAUUUGCGUCGUUGUUCCCUUGGGUUUCGAGGCAUGACAUGAAAGAGAGGAUGACAAGAUACGCCCGAACAGCUGUUCUAUUUGCAUUGCCCAGAGACGUAGGCUCGGGUAGUGUGAUCAAACAAGGGCAUAUAAGAUACAGGCUUAGCGAAAUCGACAAAGAGAACCUCAAAACAGGGCUGAGGAGAGCUCUGAGAAUCCUGAUUGCUGCAGGGGCUGCAGAAGUGGGCACAUUCAGAAGCGAUGGGCAGAAAAUGAGAUGCAAAGACGAGGAGGGUGUGGGGGAGUUUCUGGACUCAGUGACAGCACCGGGGGGGCCUAUGUCGAGGUCAGAGCAGUGGACAGUGUACUGCUCGGCGCAUCAGAUGAGCAGCUGCCGGAUGGGAGGGAAGGAGGAGGACGGAGCAGUAGACGAAAACGGAGAGUGCUGGGAGGCAAAGGGACUAUUUGUGUGUGAUGGAAGUGUGUUGCCAACUGCAGUUGGUGUGAAUCCAAUGAUCACUAUUCAAUCUACUGCUUACUGCAUUGCCUCAAGAUUAGCACAUUCCCUCAGUCUAAGCUCUGAUUAAUUAUAUUAGUUGCUUCUCACAAUUUGUAUGCAUGAUUCUUUAAUGAAUGGGCUCAAUAAGGGGAUUUCUGAGGUGAAA